AUGAACGAUGUCAAAAAGCCUGCAACUCGAGGCCCACGGAAGAAAAAAUCAUCGUCCUUAACUAGCGAAUCGUCUCAACAGGACCCUUUAUCCCGCGAGCUUCUACAAUCCGAGGCGAGCAGUAACUUGUAUAACAAUCGACCUCAAAACACUGCUCAGCACUCACCGCAGGAGACUCGAAGUUUGUCCGUCGAGUCUCGUACAUUGGUCUCGCCUUCCUCAUCGUACGGGCCGCUGACCCCACCUCUCGACUGUGAAACAACAUCAGUAGGCGACUGGCUUGAACUCAUAUACGAGUGCUGUUUCGAAAACGUCUUCGGCUUCUGGAUGGGUCGACACUGCUGUGCCCUUGUCGCGGAUAAUACUUCGGCAAUCAUUCUGCCUCCAAGCCGGUACUUUCCCGAGUUGGACGAUUUCAUCUUCGGUAGCUGGCGACAACCAGAGGCCAGCCGGACAGACCCACAGUCCAGUCGGAACGAGCAACAGGAUCAUCCGAUAGAUCAAUCCCUCAAGCAUGCAAAGAGAUCGUUCGCCGCACGCUGGUUCCAUCUCAUCCCAUCUACGGAACGGGCAGGUGUGUUACCAGAGCAUGUCGUGCGAGAAUUUUGGCGGAAGUCACGCAGAGAUAUGCUGAAGGUGAUCAAUCGCAUCUCUUAUCGAUCCGCUCUUGCGUUGUUCUUGUUCAGCCUGACACCAGUCCCGGUCGGGAUCUCAGAAGAAGAGGAGAUGGAUGGCUUAACAGGUCAACUCUGUGUUCAGGCAGGACUACAGCAGAUCCAGCGGUUGCGGGAGGGCCAGCGGAGUUGUCAAUUUAGCGGUUCUCAAGUGCUGCUGGCCUCCGAUGCCCUAGCGACUCCGACGGGCGGCUCGAAGUUAACCGACAGUUUCCUUCGGACCGAAGCCCGCGCGUACUGGGCGGCCUUGACCUUUGACACGUCCUCGUCACUGUCAUUGAACUUCAGAUCGACAAUCACCUCAGGGCUGCACGGCGUCGAGACCGAGACGUGUUGGCGCACACUUAAGAUGGGCGCAGGAUCCUUUCACACGCGGACUGAAGGUUGGCGAAGGAACCCGUUCGCUAUGACUGAAGACGAAGUCUUGCAAGUCAUUGCUGCCGCGCUCGCAUGUAAGCUGUAUGUGUGGAAGAUGAUCUCCGUCGUGAAGGAGGCGUUGCGCGAGGGCUCCGAGGAAGACAAGGUGCAACACGCUUGGUCGGCUUUCCUCGAAGCUAUCGACAUGUUCCGAGGCACUUUCCGGCCGCUUCUCAACGAUUGCCAAAGGCGACUUCCGUUCCUUGGGCAGGUAGAGAGGUUGAACUGGUACGAACUCAUGCUUCACUAUUAUCUCGGCAUCCUCAUUUUGGUAGACGCGAUGGAGGCCGCAGAAAGGACGGAUUUGUUGUCGCAGUUUUCCGAGACAAGGCUCGAGGCCGAGCACGAGCUUUUCAACACCUUGAAAUUCGGCCUCGAAAGCCAGUAUACCAUCAACGGGGCAUGUCGGCUCCCCGGAUCGACAUCAAAUCUACAAAAUCUUGCGGGCAAUUCUACAAUUACGGCUUCUUUUAUUGCCAUCGAUCCAUAUCCGCACCACAUCGUUGCGGCCGCCCAACUUAUGAACAAAGUGGUGAGCAGAGAAUACAGCCAGGGCAAGAUCAAGCUGGAAGCGUACAGGUAUCUGAACCGGACGCUGCUCGAGUGCCUGGAACAGCUCCCACAGACCUCCAAGUCUGUGCAGGCGGCGAGGCAGCAUCUACGUGCUUCCGCUGGGGAGACAUGA